GUGGCGGUGCGCCUGCGCUCGGCAAACGCGGCGGUCACAGUACCUCUGGGUUAGGGUGUCAGCUUCGCUUAUGGGCUUUGCUCCAGGGGUGUAACUCCAUGAAUAACUUAAACGACCCCCCAAAUUGGAAUAUCCGGCCCAAUCCCAGGGCUGAUGGGGGUGAUGGAAGCAAGUGGAAUUAUGCCCUGUUGGUGCCAAUGCUCGGAUUGGCAGCAUUUCGUUGGAUUUGGUCAAGGGAAUCCCAAAAAGAAAUAGAAAAAGCAAGAAAAGUGUAUCAUCAGAGAACAGCUGCUUUCCAACAGGAUCUUGAAGCUAAAUACCAUGCUGUGAUCUCAGAACAUCGGCGUGCUGUGGCUCAGCUGUCUUUGGAACUGGAAAAAGAGCAAAAUAGAACAACUAGUUUUCGAGAAGCCCUUAUCUCUCAGGGGCGUAAGUUGGCAGAAGAAAAGAAGCUUCUUGAACAGGAACGGGCUCAGAUAAUGCAAGAAAAAAGCCAGCUUCAGCCCCUGAGAAGUGUCUAUUUGAGCUGCCUGGAAGAAGAGGAUGACUGGCAGAGGAGAGCCCGGCUUAUGCUGAAGGAGGUGGGAGAAGCUCUCGAGGAACGCCAGAAUAUCUACUGUAGCCUGAUCCUUCCCCGCAGCGCACGGCUAGAGCUGGAGAAGAGCCUACUGGUGCGCACAUCUGUUGAUCCAGUAGCUGCUGACCUAGAAAUGGCAGCUGGCUUAUCUGACAUAUUUAAGCAUGAUAAGCAUUGUGGAGAUGUCUGGAAUACCAACAAACGUCAAAAUGGGAGGCUCAUGUGGAUGUAUCUUAAAUAUUGGGAACUACUUGUCGAACUUAAGAAAUUUAAGAAAGUAGAGAAGGUCAUAUUAGAAAAAUAAGAAUGAAAUGAAACUCAAGACCAGAGGGGGUCGUUCACCAUGGCAGUCUGCAUUCUAGGGUCUCUGAUAUUUACUCCGUUCCUUUGCUACCAAAAGUGGCCUAGUACAGCUACCCUUUGUGAGAACUCAAGUCUUUCCACCCUUUGAGCAGUGCAGUAGGGCCUUAGCAGGUAAUGUUUUUCUAUGAUGCUAUGCAGCUAUUAGAGAUACUUUUUUUUUUUUUUUUUGAAAUAUUUUUGAGCUGCUAAUAUUUAGCAAAACAAGUACAACUAUAGAUUUUAGUUCUAGGGGAAAAAUAUAAUAUUCUUCCUCUAAAAAAUGUUCUGUCAGUUUUUACCUCUCUAAUAAUUGUUGUCCCUUUCCUGAUUCCGUGUAGAGUAGUAUACUAGUUAUACUACCAAGAUUUAUCUUGUUUGGAACACCCUCCCCCACCCCCACCCCACCCCCAAAAAAUCCAAAAACAAAAACCAAACUCACCAAAUAUUUCUUAUGUCCAUCCGGUAUCCCAGUGAAUAUUUAGAAUUGAGCUGGUCCUGUAUCCAAUAAGCAUGUUGUUUAUUACUAUGAUAUGCAGUCAAUAUUUGCCAUUUAAAGGUAAUAGUGUUUCUUUUUUAUGUGACUCUUUAUUAUUAUUUUGAGACAGUCUUACUGCAUAGCCCAGGUGGGCCUUGUAUGUGCAGUCUUCCAGCCUCAGGCUCCCACAUGCUAUGUUACAAGUGUGUAUUACACUCUUGGGUUGAUAAUUUUGCAUGUAUUGAUAAGUACUUAUAACUCAUUUACAUACAGCUUAUAUGAGUUGACUCUUCGUACAUAACUUAUAUAAUCCUUACUCUGGUUUUAUGAGCUAAAUACUAUUAUCUUGUAAAUGGUAAUUUCUCAAGAUAUCCAGGUUCUCUGGCUUGCCAUGGUUUCUAAGACUCUACCUAUAGUUGCCCUCAGGACUAAGAUUUGUGAUAGCAAGAAAGAUAAAAUCAGCAGAGAACAGGAAUGUAGAAGAGUCUAGAGGGAGCCAGAUGGAGCCACCAAGUGUUACACUAUGAAACCACAGGGAACAUUGUUUAGUUUAGGGGUAUGACUAGAAACAUGACAAGUUCCCAGGAAAGCUCACUGGAGGCUAUCAAGAUUUUGAUAGAGUAAGGGCUGUUCAUAUGACCCUUCACACCAGUUCCAUUCCCACAGGAAGGCUACGUGGUAGAGAUCACUCACAGUCUGUAAGCAGUUCAGGUAUGGUGAGCCACUCUUGCUAGUUACCAGCACUGGGAACUCCCAGUGUCUAGACACCUAUUAUGGACUAGCCUUGUGUGAGGAUGCACUAUGAAUUCUGUUAAGUGAGCUUUUCCACAUAGCCUUAUUUUACAGAGGAUAGGGAUCUGGAGCCUUGAUACGGAGAAAGCAAUCUGUCUGGGUCAUAGGUAGUAUUUUGUUGGAGUGGAUCUGAGUUGGGUGCUUGAUUUACAGACAUAGGAACCUGUGUGUGGUUAUUUGUCAGUGGCCAUGCAGGAAGUGAACAAAGUGGUCAGUUUGUGUUCAGAUCCUAUAUUCCACCCUGUGUGCAUCUUUCUGUGUAGAGAGAUGGCAAACUUGAAAAUACCCAGAAAACAGUUCAUUUAUAGAAUGGUUGAGGAGCACUUGGUUCGUGCUUCAUGUUCCACAUUAAGUUCUCAGAACCAUCUUGACAGAGUUGACAGCAGGCUCUCUGAGCCAAAGCCAGCUGAUUCCAGCUUCAGAUAAAGCUCUUGUCAAUAGAUAUUUGCCAUGCCUUUCUGCUGUAUUACCUGUAUUUUUAGAAGUUAUUUUUUUCUAGUGUAUCUAAGAAACAGUUUUUUUUUUUAUAUUGUGUUUCCUAAUGAAUUCCUAGAUUCAUUAGAUCCUUGAAGGAAGCCGCAUAGGCUCUGGUUUCUGUUACUCCACUGAUUUGCCCAUAUGAUCUUAGACAGAUCACUUCAUGACUUUCUCUAAGGUUUAUCUUCUAAAAUGACACACUUUCUGUGGGAAACACAUCAACUGUUUGAGUCUGUGGCAUGGCCACCUUCCAUCCUAAGUCUGCUUUCUAUCUUUUUAAACUGAAAAUGUUAGCAGCAUAUUUUUAUUGCUGUUCAGGGUCAGGUGGAAUUACUUGGUAUGGAGACAGACCUUGGGGGUAGAGAUAGCAUGGGAGGAUCUGGUAUGGGAGGAAGGGUCACAGGAGGUCCUGAAAUGGGGAGGUACCUAUAGGGAGGGGGUCACAUGGAGAAGAACUACAAGUAGCAGUCAAGUGCCUCGGUUGGCAUACAGGUGGUUAUAGAGCUAAGUUUUUACUUCAGUCACAAAAGAAUUUUCAUACUCUUAAGUUUUAAAAAUUUAGAUUAUUAAUUAAAUAAACUACAUAAGUUAAGCCACA